AUGGCUUCGUCGACAUUCCUUUUGAGACGUCUGCCCUUGUGCGCACAAACAGGCAGACUCUCACGGCCAAGUUAUCCGGCCUUCACAGCUCUUCAGCAGGGCUGGUCGCGUACUCAUAUCAGGCCAUCGGCGUCAUUGUACAGCACACAUGCUGCUGCCGAUCUGGAUCAGACCAACAAGCCAUACUAUAUCACCACGCCAAUCUUCUACGUCAAUGCAGUACCUCACAUUGGACAUUUGCAUUCGGCGGUCCUUGCUGAUACUUUCAAGAGAUUCCACGAGAUGAAGGGCAGAAAGGCGAUUCUGAGCACAGGAACAGACGAGCAUGGACUGAAGAUCCAACAAGCUGCCGCUCAAGCAGGAUUGAAGGAGAUCGAGCUGUGUGACAAGGUCUCGAAGCGCUUCCAGGAUCUUUUUGACGCCGCCAACAUCAGCUACACCACGUACAUCAGGACAACAGAGCCACGGCAUGCAGUGGCGGUCAAGAAGAUCUGGGACGAUCUCUUGGAACGAGGUUAUAUUUACAAGGGACACCAUGAAGGAUGGUACUCUGUAUCAGACGAGGCAUUCUACCCAUCUACACACGUAGAGGAAAAGAUCAACGAGAAGACUGGUGAAAAGUACCAUAUUGCGAUUGAAACAGGAAAGGAGGUUGAGUGGACCACGGAAGAGAACUACAAGUUCAAGCUGAGCGCGUUCACCGACAGGCUGACUGAGUGGCUCGACAACAACCCCGAAGCUAUUUUGCCCAAGAGUAGACAUCUUGAAGUUCAGAGUUGGUUGAAAAGCGGUUUGUCUGAUCUGUCCGUCUCACGACCAAGAUCGCGUCUCACAUGGGGAAUCCCAAUCCCAGGAGACGAUAGCCACGUCAUGUAUGUCUGGAUGGAUGCUCUCACCAACUACCUCACCGUAACCGGAUACCCAUGGAAGAACAUGUCGGACUCCCAGAAGGCUGUUUGCGGAUGGCCUGCUGAUGCUCAGGUUGUCGGCAAGGAUAUCCUCCGAUUCCACGCUGUCUACUGGCCAGCCUUCUUGAUGGCUGCCGAUCUCGCUGUGCCGAAGAAAAUUGUCGCGCACGCUCACUGGACCCAGGGCAAAAUGAAGAUGUCCAAGAGUAUCGGAAACGUUGUUGAUCCCUUCACAGCCAUGCAGGAGUUUGGCACUGAUACCAUUCGUUUCUACCUUAUGAAUGACGGAGGAUUAAUUGAUGACGCAGACUACUCAUCGGAGCUGGUUGCAGGAAGAUACAAGAAGUUGCUUGCAGGACAGCUUGGAAACCUUUUAAACAGAUCAACCUCGGUGGCUUUAAACCCAUCCAACAAGGUGCCAAAGCAACCCUCAGCAGACAAUGUUCACCCUGACGACAAGGUCUUGCAUAAGAAAUUGGAAGCCUUGCCCGGUCUUGUCGACGAAGCCAUGGCCAACUACAGGACUACUCAUGCCACGCAAGCUAUUUUUGACAUGAUUGCCGAGGCCAACGCAAACUUUACGCACUGCGAACCUUGGAAACUGGUCAAGGAUCCUGCUGGCCACGACCGUCUGCAGACAGUGCUUUGGUAUGCCAUGGAGUCUACACGGUUGGCCACUCUUCUUCUCCAACCCAUCAUGCCCACCAAGACUGCCGAGAUUCUUGACCAGCUGGAUAUCCGCAAGGACGAGCGCUCGUGGGAACACGCAAGACUUGGACAAGGAUGGGUCAAGGAUGCAGAGUCAAGGAAGAUCCUCCCAGGCACACCCAUGUUCCCUCAAGUCAAGGCGAAGAAGUAG